AUGUUUAAUAUAUUUUUAAGUAAAUCUAAAGAUGUAUAUAGAGUAACUAGUCAUAAAAAGGAGGUUAAAAUAUGUGUUUUAGGAGAUGCAAAUGUUGGAAAAACAAAUUUUAUUAACCAAUUCACAAAAUCCUCUUUUAAUGAAGAAUAUACACCAACAAUUGAAAGUAGACAAAAUAAACUUUAUAAAUUUAAUAGAAAACAAUUCCAAAUACAAAUUUAUGAUACAGCUGGAUCAAAAGAAUUAAAUUUAUUUGUAUCCGAUUCUAUUUCACAAUGUGAAGGUUUUAUUAUUGUUUUCUCUUUAAAUGAUAGAAAUUCCAUUUUAAAAAUACAACAUUAUAAAACUUUGAUUAAAAAUAUUUUUAAAGAUGUUGAAAUGCCAAUUGUGUUGGUUGGUACGAAAAUGGAUUUAAAAAAGGAAAUUACCAUUUCAAAGAAUGAAUGUAAAAUUACUUCAGUUAAUAAUAAUAUCCCAAACCUUUUUUAUACUUCAGCUAAAAAUAAGGAAUCUAUAAUUCCAGUAUUUAAAAAAUUGGUUGAUUUGAUUAUAUCGAAAGAAAAAAAAGUUAAAAAAGAAACAGAGUCAAAUAAUAUAAAAAUAAAUAACCAAAAUAAAAUAAAAAAACAACAACAACAACAACAACAACAACAACAACAACAACAACAACAACAACAACAACAACAACAACAACAACAACAACAACAACAACAACAACAACAACAACAACAACAACAACAACAACAACAACAACAACAUGUUUUUAAAACAAGAUCCAAUUCUACUUUAAGAAUGAAAAAAUAUUUAAAAUUAUUUUAA